AUGACCGCCAAAACAGCCGCAGCAAAAGCCGCAGCAAGACCAAGCCAUAAGAUAACAACAGCUGCAGCAGGACUACAUGAAACCGCAGCAGAACCAAGCCAUAAGACAACAGCUGCAGUAGGAUCAUAUGAGAACGCAGCAGAACGGGGCUUAGCAGAAUCGACCUAA